AUGCAGUUUUCUACACGAAUCAAUGUGACCCCGUCCGCUAGUUUUACUACAGACGGGGCUAUCUAUUCCAUAGACUACUCGCCAUUCGAAGACAAAUUCAUAACUGCUGGUCGACAGUUGUGUCUUUGGGAUGUUGAAAGAUCAGAAAUCGUUCAGAAUUUUAAAUGGGGAAAUGACGACAUAAUAUUUGCCAAAUAUAGUCCCAAUGAGCCUAAUCUUAUUAUAACAACGCAGUAUGACAACUCGAUAACGUUUUACGAUCUCCGCGUCGGCAACGCGGUGCAAAAAUUAACUUUGAACAUGAGGUCCAACGCUGCGCGGUUCAAUCCCAUGAAGCCCUAUAUGUUUGCUGUAGCCAAUGACGAUAGCAAUGUUUACAGUUUUGAUUUCAGAAACUUCACCAAAGCCAAAACCAUUCAUGCAGGGUUUGUCAACGCCGCUCUCGACGUGGAAUUUUCUCCUCUCGGCACAGAACUUGUGGCAGGCAGUUUCGAUCAAACUGUUCGCAUCUGGAAAGCAGACUCUCCGCGCUCGCGCGAAAUUUAUCAUAACAAGCGUAUGCAAGCUGCGUUCCAGGUUCGAUAUACUCACGAUUCUAAGUAUAUUUUAACAGGUUCCGCAGAUAUGAACGUUAGGCUGUGGAAAAGCGAAGCAAGCAUGCUUGAGCGUAUUCCCUCUGUGCGCGAAAAAAAGAGCUUGCAAUACCGAAACGCGUUGAAAGAAAAAUAUGCGCACAUGCCAGAAAUCAGCAAAAUACUCACUAAACGCCAGCUCCCCAAAUACAUUUACAACCAAACCAAAGUCAGGUAUGUACAUUCUCAAGCUGAAAAGCGCAAAGAAGAGAACCGAAUUAAAAACGACCCUAAGAACGCUGAACGACAGCCUUUGCACAAGAGCAUGAUCAGUAAAGUAGCUUUUGAAGGGCAAAAACGACACGAACUCAAUGAAUUCGCUAACGAAGACGAAGAAGAAGAUUUUAUUGAAGAACCACCUUCAGAUUUCAGCGAUAGUGAUUAA